AUGACUGAGCCAACACCGAUAUCGGUGACAGCCGGGGAUGCGCCAACAACAGGACGUGUUUGGUAUCGGACAACUCUUUACAAUGCGUUCGUUAUUGGAAGCGUGGGCUUCCUGGCUCCAGGACUAUGGAAUGCCAUGAACUCACUGGGCGCAGGAGGAGCUGAAACGCCCUACCUUGUCAAUGCAGCAAAUGCUCUUGUAUUCGGGUUGAUGGGUUUUCUAUGUUUGUUUGGUGGCCCCAUCGCCAACCGCAUUGGAAUGAACUGGACUCUAUUGCUAGGUGUCAUUGGAUAUCCGAUUUACUCUGCGGCUUUAUAUACAAACAACCGUUAUGGAAAUGAAUGGUUUGUACUCGUUGGAGCCGUUGCGUGUGGUCUUUCGGCCGGUCUUUUCUGGGCCUCCGAAGGCGCUGUGGCACUUGGCUAUCCCGAGCCUGCGAAGAGAGGCCAGUAUAUGAAUAUCUGGCUUUGGUUCCGAACCGGUGGCCCAUUGCUUGGAAGCGCUAUUGUUCUUGGACUAAACCACUCUGCUGCAGCAAAGAGCAAAGGAAAGGUUGGCUCAGAAACCUAUUUAAUUUUCGUCGCCUUGCAAUGCCUUGCAGCUCCAAUUGCCAUUUUCCUCACUCGACCGGAAAAGGUGCAACGUGGUGACGGAAGUAAGGUCAAGAUUGUACUUCAAGACUCAUGGGCUGCUGAGAUGAAAGAACUUUGGAGACUUUCCUGCCGCAAAGAUGUUCUACUGCUUCUUCCUGUUUUCUGGGCAUCAUACUUCAAUCAAUACGAAGGAAACUUUGAGGUCUAUUAUUUCGGGGUUCGGGCUCGCGCUUUGAUUGGCCUUGUUUCAUACAUCGGAACGCUUCUCUCAUCGUGGCUCAUUAGCAGAUUCCUGGAUUACAAGAACCUGCCAGUGAAGAGCCGAAUCAUGUACAGUUUCUAUUACGUUGUUAUCGUUCAUGUCAUCGCCUGGGUCUACGGGUGGGUUGUUCAAGAGAUGUACACAGCCAAACCCCCAUCCUUGGAUUGGGCCGACAAGGGCUUCAGCCGAGGUUUAUUUGUGGUCAUUCUUUGGGAAUUCUCCCGACAGGCUUUGCAAAACUGGAUGUAUUAUAUGAUCGCGACAAAGACCGAUAACAUUUCGGAGCUAUCCCGCCUAUCUGGAAUCUUGCGUGGACAGGAAAGUUUCUCGCAGGCCGUCUCGUAUGGUUUGAACACUAAAGAGUGGUUUGGCGGAAGAGUGCCUCUUGCAGUGAACACUAUUCUUCUCGGCCUUGCUGUGUUUCCUACUUGGUUGGCUAUCAAGGACCACGAGCCCAUCGAACACGCAAGCAACGAUGAGUCUCAGACAAAAGGACGGGACGAGGAGGAGACUUCGGUCAAGAGUGGCGAAAAGGUCGACUUUGUUGUCAAACAAGCCUCCGUGGCUGAAUAA